GGAUGGCGGCCGCGGCCCGGGGGGACGGCCGGGCGCGGACGCGACGGCUGCUCCUGGUCCUGCUGCUUCCGCUGCUCUGGGCCCCGACCGGGGUCCGCGCCGGCCCGGAGGAAGACCUGAGCCACCAGAACCAGGAGCCUCCAGCGCCCGCCCAGCAGCUGCAGCCGCAGCCCGCGGCGGUGCAGGGCCUGGAGCCGGCCCGGGCGGAGAAAGGACUUACAGCAGCUGCCCCAGUUCAUACCAACAGAGAAGAUGCAGCUACCCAAACGAACCUGGGAUUUAUCCAUGCAUUUGUUGCUGCCAUAUCAGUCAUCAUAGUGUCGGAACUCGGCGACAAGACAUUUUUCAUAGCUGCCAUCAUGGCCAUGCGCUAUAACCGCCUGACGGUGCUGGCCGGGGCCAUGCUUGCCCUGGCCUUGAUGACGUGCCUGUCAGUUCUGUUCGGCUAUGCCACCACAGUCAUCCCCAGGGUGUACACAUACUAUGUUUCAACUGCGCUCUUUGCCAUUUUUGGCAUUAGAAUGCUUCGGGAAGGGUUGAAGAUGAGCCCAGACGAGGGGCAGGAGGAGCUGGAAGAAGUUCAAGCAGAGCUAAAGAAGAAGGAUGAGGAAUUCCAACGAACCAAACUCUUAAAUGGACCGGAUGUUGAAGCUGGUACAGGCACAACGAUACCUCAGAAAAAGUGGUUACAUUUUAUUUCACCCAUUUUUGUUCAAGCUCUUACAUUAACGUUCUUGGCCGAAUGGGGAGAUCGCUCUCAACUCACUACCAUUGUUCUGGCAGCUAGAGAGGAUCCCUAUGGUGUAGCAGUGGGUGGAACAGUGGGACACUGCUUAUGCACUGGAUUGGCAGUAAUUGGAGGAAGGAUGAUAGCACAAAAGAUCUCUGUCAGAACUGUGACAAUCAUAGGAGGCAUCGUAUUUUUGGCGUUUGCAUUUUCUGCUCUAUUUAUAAGUCCAGAUUCUGGUUUUUAAAAAGCUGUUCAUCUGUAUUCAGCCUAAGAUAUGCAACUCUUUUCUCUCUGUACAUAGUGUACGUUACAACUAAAAGUAAUGGAAAAUACUGUAUUUUGUAGCAUUGUUUGACACAUUUAAUUAUUAUGUCCAAAAGAGGUAAUCAUUGAUUUGAUUUGUAAAAUUUUUUAAAAAGAAAAUCUUUAAAAAGAAAGACUUCUAAGUGUGGGUUUUCUCUAGCCUGAUUAUGUUGACACUUCAGCCUCCACUUCUGUUUGAGAUGUGUGUCCAUAGCAGUGGGACUGACCAUUUGAGUUUUCUUGUAGCAUGACCCCUUUAUAAAUACAUUUUCUCCUUGGUUACUGGGGUGUUUAUAUGUAUACCUUAAACAUUUCCUUGGGGGAAAAGAAUGAAUUAUUUCUACUUUUAAAAACGUACUUCUGAGCCGGUCCAGUAAUCAGUAGUUUUAUCUUGUCUUUUGGGAAUUAGGAUUAAAGAGAAAUAAGAUAUUGUUGUAUCAAUUACAAACAAUAAGAGCUGUUGGCUAGGUCCAUUCUCCCUCUUAUAUAUUUUUUUAAUUGGGUAGGACACCCAAUAUAAAAAUAGUCAAUAUUUGACAACAUGGACUUACCAAAUUAAAAGAGAAUACUAUGAAUGUAUUCAUAUUUUUUCUAUAUUGAAUAAACAGUGUAACAGAUACAAUUGCAAUAAAAGUGGUAUGGCUAGUA